GACAGGUGACAGUUACGCAAGAAUCCUAUGACCAACUAACCCUAAUUUUGUCUAAAGUCGCAAAAUAAUUAACUAAAAACCCCAAACCAACACAAAGUGAAGAAUAAUAACAAAAAUUAAUAUUUGCAAGUCAAAUAACAAUUCUCAAUUGGAUAAUUUGUACAUUGGACCAACGUGUCAAACUCGUGUGGUCCAUAACCUCACUUUGGCCCCAAAAAUGUCGAAAAUUUUCGACGACUCCGAUUCGGACACCCAAAUCAAAACAGACAACGAAUACGCCAAAAACUACGACAAGUGGCGAAAAAAAGAGGAAUUAAACAGACUCAAAACCAAAUACGGUGACGACUUACUCGACGACGAGUCGUCAUCAAGCUCCUCCGAUGAUGAAGAAGGCGUCGAAUUGACCGACGAAGUCGAGAAACAAUUUUUCAAAACCCUUUCAUGUCUCAAAAACAAAGACCCGCGAAUCUACGACGAAAACGUGCGUUUUUUCGACGAAACCCCCAUAAAUCGGGGUAGAGCACCCAAGAAGGGCCACAAAGACAAGCCCUUGUUCAUCAACGACUACGAACGAGAGCUGAUUUUGAAGAAAAACGGCGAAAUUAGCGAUGAUGAGACAGGGGAAGCCCCCCCAGACUCGCCAACUUAUGUUGAAGAACAAAACAAACUCAAGGAGAGUUUCAAGGAGGCUUUGGAUCGCGUCAGUGAGGAGGAUUGGGGUGGGGUGCUCAAAAUUCGCAAAAAAACUGAAGAGGAAAAGAAGAGGGAAGAAGCCGAUUAUUUGGAGUGGUUAGCGGGGCAAAAGGAAGAAAUCGAAGAUAAAGAAAUCACAAGUGAAUUAGAACCGUUGAAGAAAUAUUGGAAUAAGCCAGAUUUAGACGAAGACGAGAAGUUUCUCAGAGAUUAUAUUUUACAAAAAAAGUUUUUGAGUCACGAAGAUGAAGAUUAUAUCCCAACAUAUGAGGAAAUUGUGCACGAUUCUGAUAAAGAUUUGUCUGAAGAUGAAGAUGCGAUUGAACGUCAGGAGGAAUUUGAGCAUAAAUAUAAUUUCAGGUUUGAAGAACCUGAUCAGGAAUUUAUUAAACGGUACCCAAGAACCAUGGAACACUCCUUGAGGAAAACUGACGAUAAAAGAAAACUCAAACGACAAGAAACUAAAGAACGGAAGAAGAAAGAAAAGGAGCAGAAAAUGCAGGAAAUGAAGAAACUUCAAGAGCUGAAACGGAAAGAAAUUGAAGAGAAGAUAGAGAAACUGAAAGAGAUUACAGGAAACAAAGACAUGGAAUUUAAAGAUGAAGAUUUGGAGAGUGACUUCGAUCCGGAAGCACAUGAUAAAAGAAUGCAGAAUUUGUUCAAUGAUGACUUUUAUCAAGCACCGGAAGAUGACCAAAAACCGGAGUUUCCGGAACUUGACGAAUUUCUAGAAAUUGGUGAGUCGAUUAGUGACUUUUUUAGUGGUUGUAGUAAUUUUUUUUUGAUAGAAAAUUGGGAAAAAUGGAACGGUGAGGAAGAAAAUGAGCCACACUGCGAAGAUGAAGAUUUUAAUAUGGAUUGUGAUUAUGAGACAACCAAACAGGAAUUGAUCGAAAACAGCAAAGGGAGGAAAAAACGGAAACGGAAAUCACUCUUUGCCAAAGCUGUCAAACAACCAAAACCGGUUUUUGACCCAAAUGAUAAAACUUAUGAACAAUAUCUCGACGAAUAUUACAAAUUUGAUUGUGAGGAUAUCAUCGGGGAUGUCCCUUGUCGAUUCAAAUACCGAAAAGUUGUCCCCAACAAUUUCGGUUUAUCAAUUGAGGAGAUUUUAACAGCGAAUGAUCGCGAAUUAAACCGAUGGUGUUCAUUGAAGAAAGCGAUUCAAAUUCGACCAGAUCACGUGGAAAAAUACGACCAAAUCGCGUUUGAGAAAAAAGGAAGAAACGUGGAAUUGAAGAAGAAGAUUUUGCCCAGCUUAUUUAUCAAUGAAAAAGAGAAGGAAAAGAACGACGAGAGUGACAAUAAGAAGAAAAAGAAGAUGAAGAAAGUGAGGUGUGUUAAAACAAAUGAAGAUGUAAAUAAAAAGAAACGAAAAUUGGCAAAAAUCGAGUCAACUGUCCCGAAUAAAAGGGCCAAAAAGGGAUUCAAGGAACAGGAAGUGGGGAUUACCGAUGCACGCCUAUCGGCGUAUGGGAUUAAUCCCAAAAAGUUCAAAAAUAAACUAAAAUAUAAGAAGAAUUAAUUAUGUAAUAUUUUUACACUCAAUAUAAUUACGACACAAAUCUA